GAGGCUCGCUUAAGCUGUGAUAUAUAUCAUCGCAGGCGUACGCCUUUCGUAGGUCCGGAUGGCGUAGCUCGCUUAACCCCAUCAAUAGCUCAGUAGAAGAACAGCUAAGACGCGCGUCUCUCCCAGCUGAACACGUCGUCCACGGUGCUUUUGGUAAAUUUCACUGGACGAAAUCAGGCUGAAAAGAGAAGCUCUGGUGAAGAGAAAACAAAGAGUCGAAUCCUCUCUUUACACUCUUCGUCAUUAUGAAAUUCCUCUGCCUGCCCGGCGCAUACGGCAGCGCCAAGAACUUCGGCGUCCAGCUCGGGCCCUUCUCCAAGCACAUGGAGGACCGAGGCCUAGCGACCUUCGCCUUCACGCAGGGCGCGCACGAGGUAGAGCCGCCGCUAGGCUGGGAGAACUACUUCGGGUCGCGCCCGCUAUACCGGUUCGUCGAGGCGGAGGCCGGCGCGGGCGACGCCUUCGAAGUCGUGCGCCGCGUCCGCCAUAUCCCGCGCGGCCUGAGCCCCGAAGCUACGCUUCGGUUGUUCAAGCCGCCACGCCCUAUUGCGUACGACUGGCGGGCCUUUCGCGAAGCCCUGGAUAGGCUGUUCGAGGCUAUCGAGGCGGAUGGGGAGAUCGAUGGGCUGCUUGGGUACUCGGAGGGCGCGAUGAUGGCGGCGUCGAUUUGUGCCGAGGAGAAUAGGCGGUGGGAGGAGAUGGGAGUGCCUAGGCGUAUUAAGUUCGCCAUAUUCUUCGCCGGCACGCCCCCCCUAGUCGCCCAAGGCGACGACUUCGUAGCCCGCCUAGCAGACGAGCACGGGACGUCCAUCUCGAUCCCGACGUUCCACGUGUUCGGGUCCAACGACCCGCUGGUAUACUCGUCCGUCGCGCUGUACAACACGUGCGACCAGGACACGGCGCAGCUGUACGACCACGGGCUGGGCCACCUCGUGCCGCGCGACGCCGACAACGUCGAGCAGCUGGGCGACGUGCUUUCCGACGUCAUCACUCGGAUCAACAAGGCGAGCGAGAAGGAUAAGGUUGCCGCCGAGUCUGUGUCUGCGUCUGACACGGAGCCCUCUGUUGACGAGUACAACGACGAGUCCUCCGCUACUGGCCCCUCGUCUGCCACGUCUGGUGACGAGUCGUCGGAUCUAGAUUCGCGCUCUAGUAAUAACGUUGGGCCUCAGGCCUGAGGGGGGAUUGCUCAGGUUUAAGGAGGCUUGCUUAGGAAAUACACAUGGGAAGCAACUAGACGGGUUCUGACUAUUUCGCGGUCUUUGUAAUUUAGUAUACAGCCUCGUAUUUUAGAAAUUUGUUAGAUUCAAGAUUACCCCUAUUUCCCUAAUCGGGGGUUUGUUUAGUUGUUACGCAUUACAGCACACACGAUUCUAGC